UGGUUUUUGAGGGAGAAGAAAGGAAAAGAGAGAAGGGCUCUGGCAUUUUGGAUAAGCUCCCUUUCCUCUCCAGGAUAACCUUCUAGGAUGAAUUUUUAAAAUAAUUGUGAAGGAAGUUAGGAAUGUCAGUGGCUGGGUGAGGUUGCAAAGGGAGAAAUAGUAGAGAGAGAGAUCCAUUCCCUCGAUCUGCUCCUGGCUCCUCAUCCCCUGGCGUCCCCUAUCUCUUGCUUUCCUCUUCCCCAGAGAACCCUAAAAAUCGUUUCGUACAUUUUAAAUUGUGGGUUAGUCUUGUUUUACAUACCUUUAUGUAAACCACUUGGCAUUUUCUCCAAAAAAAAAAAAAGGAAAAAAAAAAAAGGAAGAAGAAAGAAAGAAAAGAAAAAGACAGGAUUUUCUGAACUGUUGAUUCGUUAAAAAUAUUUUACUCUUUUCAUCAUCCCCUCGUCACAAAACCUCCUAAUUUUCCUUUUUCCCUUCCCAAAACUUGCAGCGUCCAAAGCUUAGCUAGUUGUGUCACUGUGAGCAAGGAAGAGCAAGUAAGUCAUCUCAACGGAGGGUCUUUGAAAAACAAGCGAAUGCCCCAUCAAGGAUGCUUCCAAACACCUGCAUUCUCUUAAUAUGCCUGCUCUUCUUCAGCUUUGCCUUCCCCCUGAUCAAUGCUGCCUCAAACCGGACCCUCCUACACCAACACCCAGACCCUGAUGCUGUUGCUCAAGAUAUCCAAAGAGGAUUGAAUGUGUCUCUUUCAAGAAGACAAGCCCUGUUUCUCACCCAAAACGACCAAUGUCUCACCGGAAACCCCGUCGAUGACUGCUGGCGGUGCGAUCCCAACUGGAUCAACAACCGCCAACGCCUUGCUGACUGCUCAAUCGGUUUCGGGCGGGGCACCCUGGGCGGCAGGGGCGGCCGGUUCUAUGUAGUCACCGACUCCUCCGACCAUGACCCUGCCAACCCCACCCCUGGUACCCUCCGCCACGCCGUCAUCCAAGACGAGCCGCUGUGGAUUAUUUUCAGCACCAACAUGAUUAUAAAGCUGAAGCACGAGCUCAUCUUCAACAGUUACAAAACAGUUGACGGUCGAGGGGCAAACGUUUAUAUCACAGGCAAUGGGUGUUUGACGCUUCAGUACGUUUCCCACGUCAUCAUCCACAACAUCCACAUUCACCACUGCAAACCAUCGGGUAACACCAACAUCGCCUCGUCCCCCACCCAUGUGGGGUGGCGGGGAAAGUCGGACGGCGACGGGAUUUCCAUCUUCGGGUCACAGAAAAUCUGGAUCGAUCACUGCUCCCUGAGCUACUGUACGGAUGGACUCAUCGAUGCUAUAAUGGGAUCUACCGGAAUCACCAUAAGCAACAGUUAUUUCUCGCAUCACAACGAGGUGAUGCUCCUGGGGCACAGUGACGACUACUUGCCGGAUUCGGGGAUGCAGGUGACCAUAGCGUUCAAUCACUUCGGCGAGGCGCUGGUGCAGCGGAUGCCGCGGUGCAGGCGCGGGUACAUACACGUGGUGAACAAUGAUUUCGCGGGGUGGGAGAUGUACGCCAUCGGCGGUAGCGCUAACCCCACCAUUAACAGCCAGGGAAAUCGGUACAUUGCGCCGGCGAAUCCUAGCGCUAAAGAGGUGACGAAGCGCGUGGAGACAGACGAGAGGGAGUGGACGGAUUGGAAUUGGAGGACAGAUGGGGACAUGAUGGUAAAUGGAGCAUACUUUGUUCCGUCGGGUCCUGGGCUUAGCGCCCAGUACUUGAAGGCCUCCAGUGUGGAGCCCAAGUCUGCAGGGCUCAUUGACCAACUCACCAUGAACUCUGGUGUCUUUGGCGAUCCCAGGGAAGAAACUGGGGGCGUUUCUUAUGGUGGCAGUGGGUCCAGCAGCACUAACACCGGGAAUUCAGGGUCUGGCGAUAAUGGAGACUUCUUUGGAAUGAUAUUCGGGGGCACGGCAGCGGCAGCACCUCUCUCAUCCACAUCCGGAGCCUCGGUCUAUUUUUCUCUUCUAAUUGUUUUAAUUCUGUACACAAUCAUCACCAACCAUGGUGCCCUAUUGCCAUUACACUCAUUACUAUUGCCAUAGAACUUAGAAAGAAAAAGAAAUCAGCAAUAUCUAAGAUUGAAGGCAAGAAGAAGAAGAUUAAUUAGUUUUGUUAGUUUGGUUGCAUUUUAUGUACCUGUAAGAAUGGUAUUAUGAUUGUCACCUUGUUGAUUGGUUGAUUCUUUUGUAGAGAGGAUAGGAUAGGGGUGAAUAAGAAUGAGGUGGGAUUGUUAGAUUCCUGGUGUCAAUUUCAAAGGACUCCUCUUUUAAAAAUGAUGCAAUGGACAUGGGAUGUCUCCAUACAUGCCUUGGAAUUUUGGCAAACGGCCCUAGUGGGGUCUUUUGAAUGCUUUUAGAGCCUCCAUUCCUUCUCUCUCUAUAUUGUGUGAAAGGGAAAGGUGCAGCAAAUCCCAACAUCCAAGAUCCUUUAGCGUGUUUAAGAGAUUUUGCAUUUAGUGGGCAUGCUUUUGGCGCAGAGUGGUGAACUUGAAGGUUCAAAAGGAAUGAACUUAUUCAUGAAUU